AAGCAGUGUACCCAACUCCGCACACGGGUGUUCCCGGCAGGGUCAGGCCGGGCCAGGCACGCCGUGCCGCAGUGCCGCUCCGUGCCUGGAGGUGCGGGGAAGCCGUUGCACAGCAGCCCGAGUCCUCAGGUGCCACACAGCGGGGAAGCAGCCGCAAUAACUCCAGCUGAGGAGAUGAUACAACGCGGCUUAAGAUAGCAAAGCGAAAGAAUGAAAUCAAAGCAUUUUUAAAUGGAAAAGUGGAGGAGGACAGAGUGGGAAGAGGGUGCAAAAGAAUAAACAGGAAUGUGUGAACUUCAGGAACUCUACUUCUAGCCUGCUUUGUAUCCACAAGAUACAGUGGGACCAAGAAGCCAAGAAUGUAACAGCAGGAAAUACAGGAGGGUCGUGUUGUUUUAACGUAUGCUGUGAGCCCUCUAGCGGCAUUUUCUGCACCUCUCUUUCAGGCUGUAGUAGCGUAUUUUUUCUUCCCAGCUUUGUUUGCCUGAGCCGAAAGAGUCAGAUUAACUUUUGUUUAAGCUACUUAAUUAAACUUUCCGGAUUUGUUUCUUUAACGUGAGAGGAAUACUCGCGUUUCCUGGUCUGUCUGAGAGUAUUGCACCUCUGGUAGCGAGCUUAUACCCUGGGUAGCCAGGGCUGAUGGAGCCGCAGUGUGAACACAAAUGUUUACUGUGGAACCCACGUGGCACCUGGUGGUGUUGUGAGGAUGCUUUGGGCACUUAAACACCGCUGGAUGGAGGCUCCCACUUUGGCAGCAUGCUACAGCAGGAUUGCACAUUCUUCACUCGGAAAGAAAUCCUUCGGUUGCAUGGCCGGUACCAUGAAAUGGCACCAAACGUUGUGCCCAUGGACUAUACAAAGGACCCGGAUGUUAAACUACCUAUGCAGCUUAUAAUAAACAUGCCUGAGCUAAAGGAAAAUCCCUUCAAGGAAAGAAUUGUGGAAUCUUUCUCAGAAGAUGGAGAGGGGAGCCUCAGCUUCAAUGAUUUUGUGGACAUGUUCUCUGUCCUCAGUGAAAUGGCUCCCAGAGAGCUGAAAGCAAUCUAUGCCUUUAAGAUCUAUGAUUUUAACACAGAUAACUUCAUUUGUAAAGCAGACCUGGAAAAAACCCUCAAUAAGCUAACUAGAGAAGAGCUAACAGCAGAAGAAAUCACUUUAGUUUGUGAGAAAGUGAUAGAAGAAGCUGACAUGGAUGGUGAUGGGAAGCUAGGAUUUGCAGAUUUUGAAAACAUGAUUUCCAAAGCACCAGACUUUCUCAGUACUUUCCACAUAAGAAUCUGAAGAUGUUUCUGUGAGCCGGUGUUAUCAGAAAUGACUUGCCAGUCCAGCCUUCCUGAAUCUCAGGCGCCUUGGGGACUUUUGUCCUCUAACUGUGGCUUCUUAGAACGCAAAAAGUAUUGAAAUAAUUCUGGUGCACAAAGGGAGAGAAGUAUCAUUUGAUCUACAGGAUAUUUGGAACAGUUGCAUUUUUAUCUUCACUGCUGGCCAAGUACUCUGGCAAAGGUGGUUGGGUUGUGGUUAUUUUUUUAAAAACAGGCAGAAUAUCAUCAGAGUAUUAUUAAAGGUAUUUCCACAUAGUUUUUAUAUUUAUGAAUAUUUAAUACUAUUCUUAAAAGCAAAAAAAAAAAAAAAGAAGAUUGACAGGAAGAUGAACUUGGGUGACUUUUCCAAGAGAAAGCAAGCAUGGGCCUUAAAUAAUGAGAUGCCUCUAUCACUGUGGUGUACAGCUGGGGGUCUUGCAUGGAAAUACUCUUACAUGAAAGAACUGCAGUCAAGAUCAAACUCCCAGUGUUGAAGACAACCACAUCCCAGAUUUGCCUUUCAGUCGCUGAAAUGGCAGGUGCUGGGUUUGGUGCUUACCUUCAACCAAUAUUUUAUGGAUUGUCAUGUCCUUAUGAAACUUGAAAUAUUUGCCUUUUGUUUAUGAUAACUGCAUAUGUGAUUCAUUUCUUUCCAAGAUUAACUUUAAAACUGUCCUUAAUCUCAAAGGAAGUCUUGCAUUUUACUGAUUCUAUGGGCUGAUAGUGUUGAAUAGAAGAAUACGAUCAUCUGUUACCUAUGAAGAAAUUAAAGAAGCACAGCACUAUUACUAAGGACAUGAAAAGACAUUUUUUUCUAAAUGAGCUAUGCAAUCUUUCCCAUAAAAUGCAUGAAUGCAGCUCUGUAUUUCUCCUUCCUCUUCAGCUGGAAAUCAGCUAUGUUCUUUUUAUUUUAUUCCAGUACUGUUUAGGUACUGCGGCCUGAAGACAAUCAUACAUGUAUUACUGUUCUAACAGUUAAUAGAAGGGCUCUGUCACUUACAUGGCUUCUGUAUCAAAGUCAUAACAAUUAAAACUUUUGACGCAU